UCAGAAGCCUCAUCCUAUUUGUGAUGAUAAGUAGAAGGGCAACAGAACAAGCCAGGGAAGCCCAGUGUGAGCUGAACCUUGCCCCAGUCAGUACUGCAGCAGCAGCAGCAGCAGAAUCAGAGCACCACUCUUUUCUCGGGCCAAAGACCAUGGCAAGCUGGUUGUACCUCGUACUGCUUGGCACCUUUCUGCCAGGACUCCUGCACUUUGGAGAAACCGUUUUCCUAAAUCAAGAAAAGGCCAGCAGUGUCCUGAAGAGGACCCGGAGGGCUAACACAAUAUUUGAAGAGGUAAAGAAAGGAAAUCUUGAGAGAGAAUGUCUUGAAGAAACUUGUUCUUUUGAAGAAGCCAGAGAAGUCUUUGAAGACCAAGAAAAAACGAUAGAAUUUUGGAAUAAAUACAAAGAUGGUGACCAGUGUGAAAGUAAGCCUUGUCAGAAUCAAGGGAACUGUAAAGAUGGCCUUGGUGAAUACACCUGCAUAUGUAUGGAAGGAUAUGAAGGCAAAAACUGUGAAUUUUCAAAACUAACACUCUGCAGCUUGGAUAAUGGAGAAUGUGACCAUUUCUGCAAAGAAGAAAAGAGCACCGUAGUGUGCAGCUGUGCCAGUGGCUACACCCUGGGAGAUGACAGCAAAUCCUGUAUCCCUACAGAACCCUACCCAUGUGGAAAAUACACAGUGGAAAGAAGGAAGAGGUCAGUCACAGAACCUGCCACGCAAAGUAUCCCUUCUCCAGACUUAUAUGAAAAUCUACCUGAAGAAUUGGAAACAGAGACCCUGACUCCCACAAAGGAUCCCUUAUAUGGACUCUUCCCAAAUUACACAGAAACUGAAGAUGAUGGAGAUGAUUUCAUAAGGAUUGUUGGAGGAAGAAAUUGCAACGAGGGAGAAUGUCCGUGGCAGGCUCUUCUCAUAGAUGAGAACAAAGAAGGAUUCUGUGGAGGUACAAUAUUGAAUGAGUACUUUGUCCUUUCUGCUGCUCACUGCAUGUUCCCAUUGAAGAGAUUCCAAGUAUUGGUAGGUGAGCGGAACACCGAAGUCGAGGACGGUAAUGAAGAGGCCCAUGAAGUAGAGAAGAUCUUGGCACACAAAGGAUUCAUCAGAGAAACUUACGACAAUGACAUCGCUCUGAUCAAGUUAAAGAAACCGAUCCGCUUCCGAAGGAACGUAGCUCCCGCAUGCUUGCCAGAAAAGGACUGGGCUGAGGCAGUUCUGAUGAAUCAGAAAACAGGCAUUGUCAGUGGCUUUGGGCGCAUCCAUGAAAAAGGCCGCACUUCCUCCAUACUCAAGAUGCUCACAGUCCCCUAUGUUGAUCGGAACACAUGCAAGUUGUCCAGUACCUUCACCAUCACCUCCAACAUGUUCUGUGCUGGCUACGAAAACAAACCUGAAGAUGCCUGUGAGGGAGACAGUGGAGGCCCACAUGUGACCAAGUAUAAGGACACUUAUUUUGUCACUGGAAUUGUCAGCUGGGGAGAAGGAUGUGCCAGGAAGGGAAAAUAUGGAAUCUACACAAAAGUCACAGCCUUCCUUGGAUGGAUAAAAAAAUCCAUGAGAACAAGGAAAGCUCAGUAGAACUGGCUGAGGCUUCUUCAGUCAGUGGUCAGCUCCCCUUCUAGUCCUUCUCAUCUGACCAAGUGCUUCCUCUAUAGGUUAGUUCCAGUUACUGCAGAACAUUCUCAUUAAACAGAAUUCUACUCAAGUGAUUAUGCUCUUCCUCUGUGGUUUGAAUCCAUGAUUAGGUUUCCAAGUCUCAAAAGGGAAGAUUCAGCACAACUCCAUACCCUCUCAGAGCAAUAUCAUUAUUCUGAUGCCACUUCAGGUUUUCCUUAAAUUGCUAAAUUGCCAUCUGGUCUGUUGUUCACAUUGGUUUUCUCUUAUUCAAUUUGAAGUGGGAAAAUUCCAGUCUAGACUGCUCAUUCUCACCUUGCCCUUGCCAGCUUGGAUAGAUUUUCUUUUAGAAAUCCCAGCACAUUUUGAUAGAAAUCUAGAGUAUCCUGACUGUCCCUACUGUUUCAUAAGAAGUGCCAUUUAAAAAUAAAAUUUUAAAAUUUUGUAUUA